CACUUCUUUCUUUCUUUUCUUUCCUUUCCUUUCCUUUCUUCUUCAGCCUUCAGUUGGCCAGCGAAGCUCGCAGCGUGAGGUUGCUCUUUGGAAGCUCCCCCGCCCCACCGUCGAAGUCUCGAGUCGGAAGCACGCACGCAUGCGCAAAAAGAGAAGAAAGAAAGUGCCCACAGCAAACAGAGACACACACACACACACGCUCAAGGAAUACGAUUCAAAACAAACGAAACAAAACGAGGAACCGCGUAGAAUUUAAUAUUUUGUUGUUGUUUUCGCAAGUGUAAUCACAUAGCCCCUGAAAUUGGAAGUUGGCCAGUUAUCGGGCGACCCAUAUAGCGCUUUUCCUCCUUCCCUGGUUCCAGAAAAAAAUAUGAGCUCGGCCAUUGUGGGAGCCGCAUCCGCCAUUGGCGGAGCUGUGACGGCGGCCACCAGCAACAGCUGGUUCAUCCCCAUGCUAAUGGCGGCGGUGGCCUACUUCCAGUACGAGGAGAUCAUAGACCCGGAAUCCAAGCCCAGCGAUGUGGGCGGCGACGAUAUCCUCGAUCACUAUGACUUUAUAGUGAUAGGCGCUGGGUCAGCGGGUGCCGUGGUAGCGAAUCGACUCACCGAAGUGGAGAACUGGAAUGUGCUGCUCCUGGAGGCCGGCGGCGAUGAGACGGAACUCACGGAUGUCCCCCUAAUGGCUGGGUAUUUGCAGCUCUCCAAGAUCGACUGGCAGUACAAGACAGAGCCAUCGGGCACCUCGUGUUUGGCCAUGCAAGGAGGUCGCUGCAAUUGGCCCCGGGGCAAGGUCCUCGGCGGCAGCUCCGUCCUCAACUAUAUGCUCUAUUUGCGUGGCUCCAAGCACGACUACGACAACUGGGAGGCCAUGGGUAAUCCCAGCUGGUCCUACCGCGACGCCUUGUAUUACUUCAAGAAGUCGGAGGAUAAUACCAAUCAGUAUCUGGCCAAUACGCCGUAUCAUGCCACUGGUGGCUAUCUCACCGUUGGCGAGGCUCCCUAUCACACGCCGCUGGCCGCUAGCUUCGUGGAGGCCGGGGUCGAGAUGGGCUACGAGAAUCGGGAUUUGAAUGGUGAAAAAAUGACUGGGUUUAUGAUUGCCCAGGGUACAACACGUCGGGGAUCACGCUGCUCCACCUCGAAGGCCUUCCUCAGGCCAGCCAGGUUGCGUCCCAAUCUGCACAUCUCGAUGAACUCGCAUGUGACACGGAUUAUGAUUGACCCCGUAACGAAGCUGGCCUUCGGUGUGGAGUUUGUCAAAGAUCAAAAGCUCUAUCAUGUGAGGGCCACCAAGGAGGUGGUCCUGUCCGGCGGUUCGGUGAAUAGUCCCCAGCUUUUGAUGCUCAGCGGUGUGGGUCCGCGGAAGGAGUUGGCCAAGCAUCGGAUUCCACUCAUCAAGGAGCUGAGUGUGGGUGAGAAUCUGCAGGAUCACAUCGGUCUCGGUGGACUGACCUUCCUGGUUAACCAGCCCGUUUCAAUUGUGGAGAAUCGGUUCCAUACCAUGUCCACGGUGCUACAGUAUGCUGUCUUCGGGCAGGGACCCUUGACCAUACUGGGCGGAGUGGAGGGCCUGGCCUAUGUGAAUACGAAAUAUGCGAAUAGCUCGCUGGACUGGCCGGACAUUGAGUUCCAUUUUGUGUCGGGUUCCACCAACUCCGAUGGAGGAUCGCAGCUGAGGAAGGCCCAUGGCCUGACCGAGGCCUUCUACAGGGCUGUCUUUGAGCCGAUCAACAAUCGGGAUGCGUGGAGCAUCAUACCCAUGCUGCUCCGGCCACGCAGCGUGGGGAAUAUCAAGCUGAGAAGUGGCAAUCCCUUUGAUUAUCCCUACAUCUUUCCGAAUUAUCUGACGGAUGACUUUGACAUGAAGACCCUCAUUGAGGGCGUCAAGAUUGCGGUUGCUUUGUCGCGAACGAAGGCGAUGCAGCGUUUUGGCUCCCGAAUCUCCAGCAUCCGCUGGCCGGGCUGUGAGCAGGUGCCCCUGUUCACAGACGCCUUCUGGGAGUGCAUGGUGCGACGGUAUACGUCGACCAUUUACCAUCCGGUGGGCACCUGCAAGAUGGGUCCCUACUGGGACAAGGACGCCGUGGUGGACGCCAAGCUGAGGGUCUAUGGCAUCCGGGGACUGCGCGUGAUCGAUGCCAGCAUUAUGCCAAAGCUGGUCUCGGCCAACACGAAUGCCCCGGUCAUAAUGAUUGCGGAGAAGGGCAGCGAUAUGAUCAAGGAGUUUUGGAUCAAGAAUACCAUUGUCUGAGAGGAGGUAGAAAUAGUAGAGUGUUACGAGUGUGGGGCCCGGUUCUCUAUGAUCUGAUUUUUGGGUUGAUUAAGGUUUUAUCGUGAAGUUAUGAUUCCCAAAUGGUUCUGGCUUCAUGAUUUUCUUUCAGAUGAAAUAUGAAGAACUAGUUUUUCUUCCUAAAGAUUAUUUAAAAAAAAUAUUUAACUCCACGGAGAGUUUAAAUUGUAAAUCCUCUAAAAACAUCAGAAAUCAGAUCGUGAGAAUGGGGUCCCAUUUCCAGUGAGUGUUUGAGUAUAUGUCUGAGUUCCCUAAAUGUGUGAAUAAGUAUCUUUGAAUGCCUUGCGUGUUUCUGUGUAAAUGGUAUAAUUUUAAGAAGCCUAUAAUUUUUCCAAAAUUAUUUUUUAAAACCCUCCUUGAGCCCCAUCUCCCUUUUUUUUUUUUAUUAUUUUUUAAGCACAACUCUGUGUAUUUAUUUAAAUUAUACAAUAUGUGAACGCAAUACAAAGUAAAAAAGGCGAGUUCUUUAUGAUUUCCAGGGGGGGACUUC